AUGAGUGGAGAAUAGAAAAUUAUUGUCUUCAACGCUUCAAAGAAGGAGGCUGGUAACCCUAGUACAAAUAUUAAAAAGAUUAUCAAGAAAUAUAAAGAAACAUAUAAGUGCGGCAGAAAUAAAGAAGAUAUCACAUAUGAUAGACUAAAGAUGGCUUCUUUGGUCAUAUUUUUUUGCCCCAAAGAAAUGUUUACCAAGGAGGAAUUCGAUGCCCUCAAAUAAUACUUAGAAAGUGGUGGUCGUGUCUUAGUUUUGAGCUCUGAAGGUGGUGGUCAUAAGAAUCGCACAAAUAUAAAUUUCUUCUUGGAAUAAUAUGGUAUCAGUAUCAAUAACGAUUGUGUCGUUAGAACUGCAUUUUAUAAAUACUUCCAUCCUAAGGAGACUUAUGUUCAUUCUGGUAUUUUAAAUGAAGAAGUAACAAGAGUAGCAAAUGGUUUACCUAAAGAAACAAAGAGACCCCAAAAUACAUUCUUGUAAAACGUUAUUGGAAAGGAUGAUGAAGAAGAUGAAUAUUAAAAGGAACAAUCUAGAGUUGGUUUAGAUUUUGUUUAUGCCUUUGGUGCUACCUUGACUGUUUAAUAACCUGCACACGCUAUUUUAGGUUCUGGUCCUCUUUCUUACCCUUCUAAUAGACCAGUUUCUGCUAUCGUCUAAACUAAAAAUAAUGGUAGACUUGCAGUUAUUGGUUCAUUCGAAAUGUUUACAGAUGAAUAUUUUGACAAUGAAGAUAACUCCAAGAUUUUUGAUUUCUUUAUAAAAUAUUUGCUCACAAAUGAGUGCGAAUUUGAAUUUAGUCCUAAAGAACCUGAUGUUGAAUACUUCAAGGUUCCUGAUAUUGCUGAAUUAGCUGAUAACCUCAAGAGUUGCUUACAAGAAAGUGACCCAUUACCAUUUGAUAGCAAGCAAUUAUUUAUGACAGACUUGUUUAAGUAUGAUGUAGACUUAGUUCCAGAAGCUGUAAAAUUGUAUGAAACUCUUGGAGUAAAGCACGAUCCUCUUGCUCUUAUAGUUCCUUAAUUCGAAACUCCACUCCUUGGACUUGUUUCAGCUGUUUUCCCACCUAUUUUAAAAGAAUUAGCUCCUCCAAGUUUAGAAUUGUUUGAUUUAGAUGAUGAAUUUGCUUCAGAAAAAGUAAGACUGGCCUAACUCACAAAUAAAUGCAACAACAACGAUUUAGAUUAUUACAUUAAAGAAUCAGGUGAUAUCUUGGGUGUAACAGAUAAAGUUAAGAACAAACAUGAUGCCAAAGCUAUUUUAAGAUAUGUUUUAGAAGAAUUAAUAAAUUUCAAGAAGCUCAAUAACUGA